AUGGCGGGGACAGCACGCCAUGACCGAGAGAUGGCGAUCCAGGCCAAGAGAAAGCUCACCACGGCCACUGAUCCCAUUGAAAGACUCCGACUUCAGUGCCUGGCCAGGGGCUCUGCAGGCAUCAAAGGACUUGGCAGAGUGUUUCGAAUUAUGGAUGACAAUAACAACCGAACCCUUGAUUUCAAAGAAUUUCUGAAAGGGCUAAAUGAUUAUGCUGUGGUCAUGGAAAAGGAAGAGGCAGAAGAGCUCUUCCGGAGGUUUGAUAAAGAUGGAAAUGGAACAAUAGACUUCAAUGAAUUUCUUCUCACGUUAAGGCCUCCAAUGUCUAGAGCCAGAAAAGAGGUAAUUAUGCAAGCUUUUAGGAAGUUAGACAAAACUGGAGACGGAGUUAUAACAAUUGAAGAUCUUCGUGAGGUGUAUAAUGCGAAACACCAUCCUAAGUACCAAAAUGGAGAAUGGACAGAGGAACAAGUAUUCAGGAAAUUUCUGGAUAACUUUGAUUCACCCUAUGACAAAGAUGGAUUGGUGACCCCCGAGGAAUUUAUGAACUACUAUGCAGGGGUGAGCGCAUCCAUUGACACUGAUGUGUAUUUCAUCGUCAUGAUGAGAACUGCCUGGAAGCUCUAA